UAUCGAUAUGUGAUAGAGGGAGGAAGAGAGACUGAGAGAGAGAAGUGAGCAGUGCAGUUUUGUCUUCCAAAGUUGGAUUAUUAUGUCAGUUUCAAGUAUUUCUUUUGGAUACCUACAGGAUAAAUUCAGUGAUAACUACUCAUAAUCAUAUGCACAAAAAGCAUUACGUUUAACUUUCAAAAUCACUUUAAUUUUCAUAUAAAUUACAAAAAAUCUUGAAGUCUUAUGAUUUUCCCCGCUUGAGUAAUAACGGAAUGAAUCGAGGCUAUUCGAAUGAUUUGUAUAUUCAAAACACAACAUUUGACAGCAACCAUUACAAAGAAAGACGAUCUUCGGAUACAAGCGGGAUAAAGGAAAAAUCGGAGUAUUAUUUAUCUUGUGAAGAGGAGGCUAGAUUGCCACAGUGUCCUUUAUCCAACUCAUGUAUCACAGAAGCUCCAGGGAGGUGCACAGAGAGAAAUCAUACUGAAAGAGGCAGUGGUGAAGAUGUGUCAAGAAUGUGUCAAGAUGUGGCCACAGCAAACAGAAAGGCAGAAUCAGUAAAGCAAGACCCCCUGACUUUGAAUACAAUCUCGAGUGAUUUAAAACAUAAAAUUCAAACUCCUGCAAAUAACAAAGCUUCUCACAUUGAUAAAGGGGGUAAAAAACCCAAACAUAAUUCACUGUCAGAACCGUCUAGUUUCUUUCUGAAAUUUCAUCGGAAACGAAAAACGAUCUGUGGGAUGAGUCACACCUUGAAUCGUUCUCAUCUUCAGGAUAAUGCACACAAAGAUUCACUUGGUUCUACGAAAGUGUUGUUUUCUCAGACUAUUGGUAACAAAUUCACACAGAGUAAUGAGAAUUCCUGUAAUAUACGAGAAAAUCAGCAGAAUCCUGAUAUCUUCCAUUCAUCUUAUGUUAGAUCACUUUCAACAGUGUCUUCCCCAUACAUAAAUGAUCGAUUUUUAUGUCGCACUAAUUCCAAUCUUCCAGAGACAAAGUACGACGAUGAUGCAUAUCCCUUUAAACUGUCUUAUGAUGCGAAUAGUAGGAAUAAGCCGAUUUUACAUUAUCAUCGUCACCGUCGUAAACCGGUAACGCAGCAGCAUUUAUCCCCUGUGCCAGCGUUGUCCCCAUCCAGUUGCAGAUCUAGACGUGCAUUACUGAAUGUCGGUGGAUUUAGACAUGAGAUUCUCUGGCAAACUGUUGAUCGUUAUCCUAACACCCGCCUGGGAAGGAUACGUCAAGCGACAACAAUGGAAGAGCUAUUAAGUCUAUGCGACGACUAUGAUCCUGUAUGUAGAGAGUACUUUUUUGAUCGUAAUCCAAUAACUUUUUCAACUAUACUAAACUUUUAUAGAUCAAAAGCACUUCAUUACAAUGAUAGUAUGUGUGUAAUGGAUUUUAAAGCCGAAUUAUUGUAUUGGGGUGUGAAUGAAGGCCUUAUUCAAGCGUGUUGUUCACAUCGUUACCAUCAGCAGAAGGAUAUGAUUGAAGAAGAGAUACGUAAAGAGGAAAUCUGUUUUCGUCAGACAACAACUGUUGAUGAAUUCGGAUCUGGAUGUUAUGCAAAUUUGAAAAGACAAGGAUGGGAUCUACUCGAAAAACCACAUACAUCAAGGGCUGCUAGGGUUUUUGCAAUAGUCUCCAUAUUCUUCAUUCUUCUGUCAACGAUUGGUUUGACGUUGAACACAAUACCAGAAAUGCAGAUGAAUACAACAGAAAAAUCUCCUGAGCAUGAAAUAUUCCAUAAGACUAAUCACUCAACCAUAGAAGAUGAACAUUCAACCAGUGAAUUAAAAGAUAAUCUAUACUUGGAUAUUGUUGAAACUAUCUGUAUUUCAUGGUUCACAUUGGAAUAUUUACUACGCUUAUGGUGUUCACCGGAUAAAUUAAAAUUUCUUAAGCGUAUACUAAACAUCAUUGAUUUAAUAGCUAUUCUCCCUUUCUACAUACAUGUUCUACUCAUUGAAGUUGUUACCCGACAUCAUAAUGAAUCAUUGCAUUCCUUGAGAAAGAUUGUACAGAUAUUUCGGAUAUUACGUAUUCUACGCAUAUUUAAACUUGCUAGACAUUCAACUGGUUUACAAGCCCUCGGUUAUACAUUUAAACGUUCUUAUAAAGAAUUAGGCCUACUUAUGCUGCUUAUCGCUUUAGGCGUAGUAUUAUUCUCAAGUUUAGUGUAUUUUGCUGAAAAAGACGACAAUGCUGAAAUGUUCCGGAGUAUACCAGCAGCAUUUUGGUGGGCAACAAUCACAAUGACUACUGUCGGUUAUGGAGAUAUGCUGCCGAGAACAGUUCUCGGAAAAUUGAUUGGUGCUUGUUGUUGUAUUUGCGGUGUACUGGUUGUGGCACUGCCUAUACCAAUAAUUGUGAAUAAUUUUGCUGAUUUUUAUAAGGAACAUGUAAGACGGGAAAAAGUUUUAAAGCGUAUCGAUGAAAUGGAACGAUUACAUCAUUCACAAGAUUUGUUUAUCAGUCGUACUGGGGAUGUAAAUGUCUUUUUCGACAGUAUAAAUCAGGAUCAUGAUGAAAGCAAAACUAUUUUAAUGAAUAAAAUUAUAUGAGAAGGAAACAUUUUUUUCAAAAAUUCAGUGUAAUUUUUGUAAUUUUACAACCAUUUAGGAGACAGUUCACCAGAAUUCACA